AUGGCUUCUUCCCCCAUCACAUCGGCCGUCUUUGGCGCCACGGGUCUCGUCGGAUCCCACCUCGUCACGGCGCUGCUGGGCCUCGACGCCUUUGGCACCGUGCAUACAAUCACGCGCCGUGCGCCCAAACAGGCCGACGACGCCACGCUGGCCAAGAAGCUGGACGCCGUCGUUGAGAAGGACACAGAGCAGUGGGCGCCCAAGUUCAAGGAGGCGGCGGCCGCGGGUGCGCAAACGGUGUCCACCGUGUUCUCGUCGCUCGGCACCACGCGUGCCGCGGCCGGCGGCAUUGCCAACCAGUGGAAGAUCGACCACGACCUCAACGUCGAGAUUGCGCGCGCCGCCAAGGCCGCCGGGGUCAAGACGUUUGUGUUUGUCUCGAGCGCCGGCACGCGGUCGCUGCUGGCGCGCAGCCUGCCCUACUCCAAGAUGAAGAACGGCGUCGAGGACACGAUCAAGGAACUGGGCUUUGAGCAGGCCAUUGUCCUCAAGCCGGGCCUGAUCCUGGGCGACCGCGAGGUCGAGCACCAGGGCGCCGGCGUCUUCAAGGCGCUGGUGGGCGCGUCCAAGACCGUGUCCCAGGCGUGGCACGACAGCAUGGCCCAGGACGCAGACGUCAUUGCCAAGGCGGCGGCGCACGCGGCGCUGUUGGCGUCGCAGGGCAAGGCGCCGUCGGCGUACUGGGUGAUUGAGACCAACGACAUUGUGCGGCUGGGCCGGGACGACUGGAAGUUUUGA